UUUUUACUUGUGUGUGGCUAUUUAUAGACGUCUAACAUCGCAUCUUUUCACCGCGAAGUUUUCUUCAGAAUGGGACAAGUUUUUAUAAAAAAUAUAUUUCGCAUUUGAAGUGGAUAUUGGAGUGCUUUCCUGUGGUAACUGUUUCGUUUGAUUUCGGCUUUUUUUUUCUUGACGAAUGAAUUUUUUUUUUUUGUGGAGGAAAACAUUUCACCAUCAAACUUGACAAACGGCUUUUUUUUUUUAAAUUCCAAGAUGUUGGAACUUUUUGAUUAACGACGACGGGUGAACAUUCUUUAAAACAAAAAGGAAGUUCAAGGACACGCCUGCUGGAUUUGGGAAACCCCUCCGCUCCCAGGAUCACGUGACGUUUCUCGGAGCCACGGUUGGAUGAGCGGCGACAUCAAGCGCCGGAUCUCCUUCUCCGCCGACUCGGUUCUCACGGCCGUCGUUCAGGAUGCGGACACGUCGGAGCUGGUGCGCAUCCUGGACAACCACGGCGACGAGGUGCGCGUCAACCAGGUCAACCACGUCGGGCUCACCGCCCUGCACCACGGCGUGCUCAGCAACAACCUCGACGCCGUCAAGCUCCUGCUGUGCAACGGCGCCGACGUCAACGCCCAGGACGUCCACGGCUUUUCCCCGCUGCACACUGCGGCCGCCUGCGGGUUUACCCAGAUCGCCAGCAUGCUGGUGCUCUACGGUGCGGACGUGUUCGCGCUCACCGCGCAGAAAGAAAUGCCCAUCGACGUCGCGAAAGACAUUGGCGUCAUCCGCUUGCUGUCUGAGGAGAUGAGGCGGCACUUCCAUCAAGAACUCUAUCUCACGUCGUUCAUAUGCCGGAAGGCGUUCGACAGCUGGGUUUUUAUCAAGCAGAACGCGCUGCGGCUAAUGGAUGAUUUUAUGCAAACUUUAAUCCAGUUAUGGAAGCGGCACAGGGCAAAGGCCGAGGGGACGCGACUCCACAUAAACAAAGAUGAAUAGUUGUCUGUCGCCCUUCGUCGUUUGCUCUUUCCUAGUGUUUUCCCCUUGUCCAAUACGCCUGUCUAAUUUUUACGAAUGAAUUUUAGAAAUUAUUUCGCAAUUUAAAUACUUUCUUUUUUAAUUUUUAAAAAAUUUGACAAGAAUCCUAACCUUUAUCCAGCUCAUUUAGGCUUACUUAAUACAAAAAAUUUCAAAGUAAAAAAAAUUGAAAUUUUGAAGACAUGUAGUUUGGGGAAAAAAAUAGUAGAAAGUGCGGGGUAGCGCGGGAACGUGGCGUCAUUUGUGGACAACCUCUAUAACUAUUGAAAAAAGUAUUGUGAAAACUCGCUGGAGCCUACCGUUUAUAUUUUAUUGAUGAGUCCCAUGAAUUUCCAAAAAUUCAUAAGCCAUGUUCAUUGUAUAAAUGUUUAUCGCCUUCCCGUUUGUUCACACUUAUUGGAGGCGUCUACCUUUGGUUAACAGUUAAACGAAAGGGCGUCUACUAUUGGUCACUUCAAUAAAUGAAUUGCGCCUACCAUUGGUUAACACUUAGUGAUAGGGCGCCUACCAUUUUGUUCACAAACUAAGCUGAAAUUGUGAUACUAUUUUUUUUUCCUGCAUUGCUGUUUAAUUUAUUUCGUGUAUGCAAAAAUUGAUGUAUAAACUUGUGGCUAGUUUUAUUACAUAACCUGCUUUUUUAUUUU